GUCAGCCACAAAAGAAAGCCCACAAACAACUCCACGCCCUUCUUUCCCGAGCCACCGCCGCGGCAUAAACUCUCCCCUCCCCUCCCCUCUCCUCCUCUAAUCUUGCCUUCUUCUCCAUAUCUGCCGUCAUCUCCAAGCGGCAGGGGAAGGAAGGUAACGACGACAGGCGACGAAUUGAAUUGAAUUGAUCGAUCGAUUAAUUAAUUAAUUAAUUAAUUAAUUAGUCGACCGGCGAGGACACCAUGUCCGCCUUCCAAGAUUUCAGCUACCUCUCCGAGCGCCGCCGCGCAGAACGCGAGCAGCGCCGUAAACGCAUCACCGCUGGUAGCAUCUUGGCAGUCACUGUCCUUGCUGUUUGUGCAGUCGCUGCCGUUGCCUACAACCCCAAGUCCACCUCCACCUCCACCAGCACCGCCAACUCUACUCCUUCCUCCUCGUCCAAAUCCGACUCUGGAUCUCCCAACAAAGAGUUCCAUACCACCAGCGCCAUCCAAGUCCUUUGUUCUCCCACCGACUACCGCGCCACCUGCGAAUCCACCCUGAAAGGCGCAACCAACUCCACCUCUACCCCCAAGGACCUCGUCCUCGCCGCCGUCUCGGUCAUCGUGAAAGAAGUCGAUGUGGCCUUCAAGAAGUCUGACACGAUUGGCACGGCGGAUCCUGAGGUGAAGAGCGCCGUAGAGCUCUGCCAGAAGUUGCACAAGUACGCCGUGGGUGAGCUAGCGAGCACCUUGGGUACCAUCGAUUCACAACACCUGAACGGCCUCCCAAAGAAAGUGCACGAGCUCAAAAACUGGCUCAGCGCCACCGCGACGUACCAGGAGACGUGCAUCGAUGGGUUUCCUGACGGCGACCAGAAGCAAAAGAUGAAGACUGCUCUGAACAAGGCCAAGCAGCUCACCAGCAACGCCCUGGCCAUCGUCGGCAGCUUGUCCUCCUUCCUUUCGGUUAUCAACCUCGGCUGUGGCAAAGGUGGCCGACGGCUUCUAUCUGAGGCUCCAAUAGAAAAUCAAGAGGUCGACGUUGGGACUGACGGCAGGCUUCCCGACUGGGUCGACGAUGACCGCCGAAGGUUUCUCCUAGGCCGCGCAACCAAGGAGUUGACGCCCAAUGUGACAGUGGCUAAGGAUGGCAGCGGAGACUUCAAGACCAUAUCAGAGGCACUGGCUAAAAUGCCAACCACCAUUAGCGGAAGGUAUGUGAUCUACGUGAAGGAAGGAGUGUACGAGGAGCAGGCUGUGGUGGAUACGAACAUGAUCAAUGUUACCAUGUAUGGUGAUGGCUCGAGGAAGACAGUUAUUACCGGAAGCAAGAACUUCGACGACGGCACCAAGACCUUCGAAACAGCAACCUUCGCUGCGAUCGGCGAUGGGUUCGCGGCGAUAGCGAUUGGGUUCCAGAACACUGCCGGAGCGAUCAAGCACCAGGCGGUGGCGCUGCGCGUGCAGUCGGACCGCGCCAUUUUCCUCAAUUGCCGCAUGGAGGCAUACCAGGACACGCUCUAUGCCCACACUCACCGGCAGUUCUAUCGAGGUUGCCUCAUCCUCGGCACCGUCGAUUUCAUCUUCGGCAACGCAGCCGCCGUGUUCCAGAACUGCAUACUCACCGUGCGCCGCCCCCUGGACAACCAGCAGAACAUUGUGCUGGCGCAGGGCCGCACUGACAGCCACCAGGCCACCGGCUUCGUGAUCCACAAUUGUCGCUUCACUGCUGAACCAGAUCUCGCCGCUGUCGCCAGCAAGAUUCCGAGCUACAUCGGACGUCCCUGGAAGGAAUACUCCCACACCGUGGUGAUGGAGUCGGAGAUCGGAGAUUUCAUCAGCCCCGAAGGGUACAUGCCCUGGGAUGGGGACUUCGCGCUGAAGACGCUGUCGUACGCGGAGUACGGCAACAAGGGCGCCGGCGCCGACACUUCCAAACGCGUCAAAUGGUCGGGAUUCAAGGUGAUCGGCCGGAAUGAUGCGAUCACCUACACCCCCACGACCUUCAUCCAGGGAGACGAUUGGAUCCCCAAGACGGGCACUCCGGUGCGCUUGGGGCUCUUUGAUUGAGCAACGACAUGGCGCCGUCAGGGAUAUUAA